AUGGCUUUGAGUUUUUGUUCCUUUAACCACCACCAAGAGUUAACCGUCUAUCCACACACUGAGGUUGAUACUGAUGAUCAUCAGCUUCUUGGUUACAAUGAAAACUUCAUGAGUACCUUUUCAGAUUCCAUCGUCAACCCAUUGUUUGAAUUUGAUGAUGAGCUCUUCUACUCUGAUAGCUACACCAAUCUCCUUCCAUACUUCUCUUCUUCUCCUUCAGAUAAUGUCAUGUCUUUGUCAUCACCUGAUAUCUUUCCUCUCCAAGAAUUCGAGUCCUACCAGUACCCAAAACGCCAGAAGAGCUAUGCAGAUAUCUGCCACUCAAGUUUUGCUCCGAGUUUCUUUGAUGGGUAUGUUAUUGCGAAUUCUGAUCCUGUACUCCCAGAAUUUCCAGCUCCAGUACUGCCCAAGUUUCAGGUUCCGGCAGCAGCUUUUAAUGGAGGGAGAAGUGACUGGAGUACGAAGAAACCAAGCGGAGAGAGCUUGUCUGCACAGAGCAUUGCUGCGAGAGAGAGGAGAAGGAAGAUAACUGAGAAGACGCAAGAACUUGGAAAGCUGAUUCCUGGAGGGAAUAAGAUGAACACUGCUGAAAUGCUCCAAGCUGCUUCCAAGUAUGUCAAGUUCUUACAGGCUCAAGUUAAACUUCUUCAACUUAUGGAAUCAAUGCAUCAGGAUUCCCAUCUGCAGACACAUGAACUCCAAAUUCUUCUUGCAUCUCCAAUGAUUCAAGAGAAGUUGUACUCACAGGAGAAGUGCUUGGUUCCAAAAGAGUUUCUUCAAACCAUAGCAAAUGGUGAAUAAGAUUCAAUCAACACUUUUCAUCAUUGACAUGAGUAGCCUUGUUGUCUGUUUUUAUCCCCCUUCUAAUUAUGAU